GGAUUUGAAAAAAAAAGUGUAAAUAAUAAUAGAAAAUAAUAAAAAAUUUAAAAAAACUUAAAAAAUGAUACGCUGGAAAUCUUUGGAUAUAAUCAACCUGACAUGGACUUUAUUUUCCAUUGCCCUCGUGAUACCCACUAUUAACUCACUUACUGUGGAUAAUCAAUUGGUAUCGGCAAGAAAUGACUGUUUUGAACGCAUUGCUUUGGAGGCAAUGAUGCCAUUUGAGAAGACGUUUCGCACCGAAGACACCAAUUCGUUGAGAAGUUGCAAAGAGAAGUGUCUGCAGGAGGGUGACAAGUGUCAAUCAAUUUCAUUUGGAGUUCAUCGGCGUGGAAACGGCACUUGCCAGCUGUCCAAGGAAAAAUACGGAACAUCAGGUGGCAGGCCGAAUGGUGUGAUAUUUGAUCCAGACUUUGAUUUGUAUGCACGCAAAACGAAUUGCUUUGAUUUGGAUGAACCGAAUGAUAAUCUGGCCGAGACGAAUGGGUAUGGUAGUAGUUUGGCCCCAACUACGCCAGUUUUUCUAUCGAGCAGGCCAUCACCGGCUACGCCACUGUUGGUGGUUGAUCCCACACCUACGGUGUUGACAACAGUGGAGGAAGAAAAUACCCGAUAUCCAACUGCGACAACAGGUUAUAGCGAGACGACUCUGUAUAAUCGUGGUUCACCCACAAUAUUGGAUUCUACUGUACCCACUACACCAGCCGCUCCAAAUGGAGAUCGUCUUUAUUUUUCUCAGGACAUUUAUCCUUUGUUUAAAUAUCCCACCUUGUAUGAACCAAACUAUCCCGCCCCCAAUCAAGAUGUUUACAUACCGGGUGGUUAUGCUUCCAAUGCCCCUGAGGUGGGAGACCGUCCAACGUCGUAUGACGGCUCCAGGCCACCCUCAGUUUCACAAAGUGCAAGUGGUCCCCCCAAGCCUAUUUUUGGUUUGGGUUAUGGUAAUGGCUAUAGUUAUGGCACUCCAGAAUCUUACAAUCCCAAUACCAUGAGACCCGAAGAUUCGGGAUAUUCCUCCAACUCGCCAAGGCCCAAUAGACCAAACUAUGAGAGCUCGCAUCGUGAUCCCAUGCGUUUGCCGGGUUAUGAUAAUACCACACCAGGUUAUUAUGGAGAUUCAAGGCCUUCAAACAAUGAUCCCAACUCUGCUACAUCUCCCUAUGGUCCCCGACCAGGAAAUAGUGACUCAAGGCCAACAAAUGGGGAUCGUAAUGGUCCAGCGUAUGGCUCAAGACCUAAUAAUGAUCGCAAUGAUGGUGGUCCCCCUUAUGGUCCUCGUCCGGAUAAUGAUCGCAAUGGUGGUUCGCCUUAUGGUCCGAGGCCGGAAAAUGAUCGUAUUGGAGGCGGGUCAUACAGCCCACGACCAGGAAAUGAUCGUCGGCCAUCACCUGGAUACGCUCCACGACCGGAGAAUAAUGGUCAUAGCUCCUCGCCCCCACCAUAUGGUUCGCGACCAUCUUCGUCACAGCCUGGAGAUUUUGUCGAUUACACAAAUCGUCCAGAUCCACCGGUUGGUGGCGCUGCAAGACCCUCCACCUCUGCACCUUAUGGUCCUAACAAUGACAAUAAUUAUGUGCGACGUAAUGGCACCGCUGCCAGUCGUCCUCCGAAUGGCUAUCAUGAUGACAAGAAAAUCAAUACCUAUUUCAAUCCUGAUGACUAUCUGCCGGGAAAUAAAAAACGUCCUGGUUCCUAUGAGGAUAGUGAUCGUUUUGACCUCAAUCGUACACCAAUGAAAGGUAAGAUUUGUUGUGAAUUUUUUUUAGAACACCAUUGUAGCUGUAAUUUAAUGGUUCCAUUUUGGUUAUUCACUUCAUCAAUGCCUACGGAGCUCUUUUGGUUGGGAUAG